AUGUUAAUUCGUGAUAUGCUUUCAUCUAUUUGGCAAGAGGAAGAAAAUACAAUGGUUCAUUUAAGCAUCAAUGCAAAAUCUCGCGUGAAGGGACUUUUAUUGACAUACGUUACAAUCAAUAUCAGGCGCAUCUUUUGGACUAGUUUCUCAAAACACUCAACAUUAAUUACCACCCCUGUUCGGUCGCACCGGACAGUAGAUGUCCGUAUUGCUGAAGGCGAGAGUCUUAUUGUUCCUAAAAGAGUAGAAGUAGCCCCAAGAAAUCCUUUAAUCGAGAUACUCUUCAUAAAAUUGAACCAGUCAAAGAAUGAAGUAUCACUUGAGGAAGUUGAUGUCAAAGAUGUUGAUGACACAUUAAUUAAAGACAAGUUGACAUGUGGUAAGUGCCAUAAGACGUUCAACUCGAGAUCAUCCCUGAUCAAGCACUUGAAGGUCAAACACCAUGUUGUAAUCGUUGGUGU